AUGCCAAAAUGGGUGCCUGACUGGGACAGGCAAGCAGAAACUCUGCAGGCACUUAAGCCCACCCGCUCCUUCGCCUAUCAAAUCAGCAAAGAUAACAAGAAGAUCAACAAGCUGAAGAAGGCUGUGGCAGCCGCCCAGACCUUCUUCUCAGCCAAUCCGGACCACGCCGAGAUGCGGCAGAACCUGGCUUAUUACCAGAUGAUGGUUGGGGUCAAAGAUUCGGAUUUUAUUGAUUUGGAGGCUAAACCCCACAUGCAAGAUUUCCACCUGGGUGUGAGUUACUACACGGAGGAGAAUCCUCAGGCAGCCAUUUUGCACCUGGAGAAGGCGCUGGAUGAAUACUGGGUAGCCGACGAGGAGUGCCGGGUCCUCUGCGAAGAGCCGUACAACCACGAUGGUUACAACUACCUCGAAUACAAUGCCGACUUCUACCAAGCCUUUAUCGAUCAUUACACCCAAGUGCUGAACUGCAAGCAAGGAUGCGUGACCGAGUUGGCGCAGGAAGCCGGUCAGGAGAAACCCAACGAAGACUUCCUCCCGUCUCACUUCAACUACCUACAGUUCGCCUAUUACAACAGUGGCCACUAUGGGAAGGCAGUCGAAUGCGCAAAAACCUACUUGCUUUUCUUCCCGAACGACAAUGUGAUGAAGCAGAAUGUGGCUUAUUACGCAGCUAUGCUGGGAGAAAACCUGGCCGAACACAUCGGGCCCAGAGAGAAAGUCCAGAUUUAUCGCCGGCGGAGUCUUUUAGAGAAGGAAUUACUCUAUUUUGCCUAUGACAUCUUUGGCAUUCCUUUCAUCGAUCCGGACACAUGGACCCCGGAAGAAGUCAUUCCCAAGAGGCUUCAGGAGAAACAAAAGGUUGAACGCGAGACGGCGGCCCGGAUCUCUGAGGAGAUCGGUAAUCUCAUGAAGGAGAUCGAGAAUCUGGUGGAGGAGAAGACGAAGGAAUCUUCCGACAUGAAUAAACUCGUACGGGAAGGGGGCCCAUUGGUUUACGAUGGGCUCAGGGUUGCCAUGAACUCCAAGACCCUGAACGGCUCUCAGCGUGUGGUGGUGGACGGAGUCCUUUCCGAAGAAGAAUGCCGGACAUUGCAAGCCCUGACCAAUGCAGCUGCUUCGGCGGGCGACGGUUAUAGGGGACAGACCUCGCCCCACACACCCAGCGAGACUUUUCAUGGGGUGACUGUCCUGAAAGCCCUCAAGCUGGGGCAGGAAGGCAGAGUUCCCAUGCCGAGCGCUUACCUCUACUACAACGCCACAGAGAAAGUCCGCCACGUGAUAGAGUCUUACUUCCGCCUGGACGUCCCUCUGCAUUUCUCCUAUACUCACCUGGUGUGCCGGACGGCCAUCGCAGAUAAACAGGGGGGCCGAACAGAUCCCAGCCACCCUGUGCACGUCGACAACUGCAUUCUCAACGCCGAGGCCAUGGUGUGCCUCAAGGAGCCCCCUGCGUACACCUUUCGGGACUACAGCGCCAUCCUUUAUUUAAACGGAGAUUUCGAAGGAGGGGAGUUUUAUUUUACCGAGUUGGAUGCCACGACCGUCACGGCAGAGGUGAAGCCCCAGUGCGGCCGGACGGUGGGCUUCUCGGCUGGAUUGGAAAACCCCCACGGCGUCCGAGCCGUCACGAAGGGCCAGCGUUGCGCCAUCGCCUUGUGGUUUACCCUGGACCCCCGCCAUAGCGAACGGGAGAGAAUCCAAGCCGAUGACCUGGUUCGGAUGCUCUUCAAAACCGAAGAAACCCAAUGGCUCCCCGAAACGGGACCGAACCCCAAAGAGGCCGAAACAGCCCCCAAAGAAACUUCUGAAAAGAAAGACGAACUAUAGAGCCACAUCUGGUUCAAACAGCGGGAUUAUGAAAUAAUUCGUCAUAAUUUGGGGUACGAAUUGGUCUCUGGAGCAAGAGAGAAAACUGACUAUAAACAAACAGUGACUAUAAAAAUACAGGCGGGAGAUAUCGGGGUUUGCCCUUUCCCCGUUUCUUGAAUGGCUGGAAAAUUCAUCGGGUUGAAAGGGACCUUGGAGGUCCUCUAGUCCAACCCGCCCUGCCCGAGGCAGGAGUUUUCAUAUACUGCAUUUUUUUUUUCCCAUGAAAUAUUCCAGCGAUGGAGAACCCGCAACUUCGGGAGACGUAGCUUCAUAACUGAUAGUCCCCCAACAGUUCGUUUAGUGAUCGUUCCAAGUUACGACGGCCCUGGGGGAAAAAGGGACCGUUUUUCAGGCUUAUGACCGUUGCAGGUCCCCCGCAGUCCCGUGAUCAAAAUCGAUUGGCAACUGUCUCAUAUUUAUGACGGUCGCCGUGUCCCAGGGCUCACGCGAUCCCCUUUUUACGACCUUCCGACCAGCAAAGUCAACGCGGAAGCCGGAUUCACUUAACGACCAUGUGACUUAACUUUAUAACUGCAGUGAUUCGCUUAACAACUAUGGCCAGAAAUGUUGUAAAAAUGAGGCAAAACUCGCUUCACAAAUGUCUCACUUAACAACCGUUGGGCUCGAGUGUGGUCUUAAUUCUAGGAUUCACCUAGGAUUCACCUAGGAUCAACUGCCGCGAUCCCCUUAACGGCGGCAGGAAGGGUCGUAAAUUGGGACAAAACUCACUUUGCCAAUGCCUCAGAAAUUGGGGGCUCGAUCACGGUCGUAAUUCGAGGACUUGCUUUUAUAAAUACAUUUUUUGCAAACCUG